UAAAAUUGAAUUAUUUCCAUACGUAAACUCAAUGCAAUACCUUUGUGAUGUGAGUUCAUGCGGUUUUCCUGAAUUCAAUUCACAUAGUUUAAAGAAUUAGACAAAUAAAUAAGGCGCGGCAAUUGUCGAUAUAAUUUUGUAGCUGACAUUGCAAAUAAUGUAUUUUUGAUUGCAUACCACCACAUGCAUUGAGACUAUUAUUUUAAAUGAAUGAUAUGAUUUUCCUAAUGCCAAAAAACAAAAGGUAGCCGAUUGCUACAUGCCGUCGAAUCAACCCUCCUCUGCCGGAGCCGUCGCGGGAGCCAGAUCACGACACCGCGUAGAAUUUACAUAUAAAACGGACCCUACUGAAGCUGAAAUCUAAGUACGGAAAAACAAAUUACUCAUUGGGAAAAUUUGUCAAACACCUUGCACUCAAUACAAAUUUCUUUUUCUAUGGCGUUUAAAUCUAAAAAUGCAGUAUAUAUCCACUCAUUUUAGUAACUGAAACAGUACAAACAAAGUAUCAGAGCUAUGUUGGCUUUAUAUUCCAAACAUCUUCCAUCUCUUGAAGAACUCUUCAAGCUCUUAAAACUCUCUGCUGAUGCUAAAUUUCUAAACUUUGGCAAAACCAUCCAUGCCCAGUUCCUAAUUCGCAACCAAUCUUCAAACCAACAUCAAUCCCACAUCAUUCAACUCAAUUCCCUCAUCAAUCUCUAUGUAAAAUGUUCCCAACUCCGUCUCGCGCGUUACCUAUUCGACGAAAUGCCCCUUAGAAAUGUCGUUUCUUGGAAUGCUUUAAUGGGUGGUUAUUUGCAUAGUGGUGAACACUAUGAAGUCAUUUCCCUCUUCAAAAAAAUGGUUUCGUCGUUCGAAAAUGGUUGCCCCAAUGAGUAUGUUUUUACCACUGUUAUUUCGGCUUGUGCUAAUAGUGGGAGAGUUUUCGAAGGGAUGCAGUGUCAUGGUUUUUUGUUCAAGUUUGGGUUUGUUUGUCAUCACUACGUGAAAAGUGCACUUGUUCAUAUGUAUUCAAAGUGUUUUCAUGUGGACUUAGCAUUGCAGGUUUUGGAUAUUGUUUCUAUUGGUAGUGGUGAACAUGGUGGUAAUAAUGACGCCUUUUGUUAUAACUCUGUGUUGAAUGCGCUUGUCGAAUCGGGGCGUUGGGGAGAAGCUGUGGAAGUUUUGGGGAGGAUGGUGGACGAACGAGUGGUUUGGGAUAAUGUUACAUAUGUUAGUGUCAUGGGACUUUGUGGUCAGAUUAGAGAUUUGCGAUCCGGUUUGCAAGUUCAUGCGCGGUUAUUGAGAGCCGGUUUAUUGUUUGAUGUAUUUGUUGGUAGCAUGUUGAUAGACAUGUAUGGAAAAUGUGGCGGGGUUUUGAGUGCAAAGAAAGUUUUUGAUGGCUUGCAAAAUCGGAAUGUGGUAGUAUGGACAGCCCUCAUGACUGCUUACUUGCAGAAUGGUGAUUUCGAGGAGAGUUUGAAUCUGCUUACGUGUAUGGAUCGAGAAGGUACUGUGAUGGCCAAUGAAUACACUUUUGCAGUUUUGCUUAAUGCUUGUGCAGGUAUAGCGGCACUCGGACAUGGUGAUCUAUUGCAUGCUCGGGUUGAGAAGUUAGGUUUUAAGAAUCAUGUCAUUGUAAGGAAUGCUUUGAUAAAUAUGUAUUCCAAGAGUGGCAGUAUUGGUUCUUCAUAUGAUGUGUUUUUUGAUAUGAAGAAACGAGAUAUUAUCACUUGGAACGCUAUGAUAUGUGGGUAUUCACAUCAUGGACUUGGUAAACAAGCUUUACUAGUGUUUCAAGACAUGGUGUCUGCUGGAGAAUGUCCGAACCAUGUAACCUUUGUCGGGGUUCUAUCUGCAUGUGCUCAUUUGGCCCUUGUACAACAAGGGUUUUACUAUUUGAAUCAAGUGAUGGAACGUUUUAAGAUCGAGCCGGGAUUGGAGCACUACACGUGCAUGGUUGCGCUUUUAUGCAGAGCUGGUCUGCUUGAAGAGGCCGAGAACUUCAUGAAGACAACACAAGUGAAGUGGGAUGUUGUUGCCUGGCGCGUUUUGCUUAACGCUUGCAAUGUUCGUCGAAAUUAUAGCUUGGGGAAUCGAAUUGCAGAAACUAUUUUACAGAUGGACCCUCGUGAUGUCGGGACGUAUACAUUGCUAUCGAAUAUGUAUGCCAAGGCAAGUAGUUGGGACGGUGUCUCGACUAUUAGGAAAAUGAUGAGGGAAAGAAAUGUUAAGAAGGAACCUGGAGUAAGUUGGCUUGAGAUAAGAAAUGUUGUCCAUGUGUUUGCUUCAGAGGGAAGCAAUCAUCCAGAGUCUAUUCAAAUAUACAAGAAGGUUCAACUAUUGCUGGAAAUGAUUAAGCCACUUGGAUAUGUGCCAUAUAUUGAAGCCGUGCUGCAUGACGUGGAAGACGAACAGAAGGAAAGUUAUCUUAAUUAUCACAGCGAGAAGCUGGCCGUAGCAUAUGGCCUCAUGAAAAUACCUUCUCCAGCACCGAUCCGCAUAAUUAAAAACCUUCGUAUUUGCGAUGAUUGUCACACUGUUGUAAAACUAAUAUCAAAGGUCACAAACAGGCUGAUAAUUGUUCGAGAUGCUAGCCGGUUCCAUCAUUUUUGCGACGGGACCUGUACUUGUGCCGACCACUGGUAGCAUUUUCACAAGUUGUAUGGUCGUGACUUUUUGAAGUGACCAAUUAGCAAUGCAUACACUAGAGCUUAAGAAUAUCAAGCAUAGUCCAAUGUUGUUAAAUAGCAGCUAUAACACUAUAGCAUGGCGGAAUUUCAUUAGAUCACUAUUUUUAACACUUCAAAUGAUACUGAGUUCCCUUCAGAAAUGAUAGCAAUGGUUGCUUCUCAGAGUGGUCAAGGAGAACUACACGAACCAGUAGAAGAGCAGAAGAACCAACAACCUUUGUUAGUUGACUUUGAUCCCAAUUUUGAUGAUGAAAUUGAUGAGCUAGAGAAGCAAAGAUUUGAAUUAAGCCAAAGAGAAAGACAUUUAUAUCAAUGAUGUUAAUGGUGAUAAAAGGAAGCAUUUGCCGCUCCACUCAACCAAUACUCCAUAAUGGUCAUGGAUUCAAAAUUUUGACCGUUGGAUCAAGAUCAGACUGUGCAAAAAAUAAAUCUAAAAUACCAAACUUCAAAUCGGGGUCAUCCAAUCAUGAUCCUACAAGCACUGAUCUGCUAACUACAUGAAUGCAUCAGAGUCCGACUGCAUACAAUCCAAAUGCUCUGACACAUUUUUUUGUUUUGAAUUGUCAGUUAGACAAAGCACAGCUCUUGUUUAGCAUUAUCAAGUUCUUUUUUCACCAACAUAUGUAAAAAAGUUUGAUUAUGAUAAUGAAAAUGUUUACUUCAUUUGAUCAGACAACUAUCAAGUCACUUCUGAGAAAAUGCAACUACAGUUACAAUCAUCAUUCCACUCUAGAAAGUGUCAUAACUGUAAUAUAUUAGCCACAGUUGUUCUUCCAUAUGAACACUACAUAUUGAAAAGGUUUCCACAGCCA